ACCCAAAACCGAUACCGGAUCCGGCAGUUCCAAAACCAUCGUUACAGAGUCAAAAGCUUAGGUAGAACCUCGCAAUCCCACCACCAACGCACCACUUCUUCUCAAAAAGCUCAAAAAUGGCGUCAACAAAAUCAUGGCUGCAAUCACUUCGACGCUACAUAAAAGCGCCAUGGGAGAUCACAGGUCCCUGCGCAUCUCCAGAGUACAAAUCUGCAGUUCCAAAAGCGACGGAAUACCGUCCUUUCUGCCCCGCGUCGGAAAUUCAGCAAGCCAUUGUUCCAACCGCUAAUCCUGACACUGUCUUUGAUAUCAAGUAUUUCACUCGCGACCAGCGUCGCAAUCGCCCUCCAAUCAAGCGUACUAUUCUCAAGAAAGCAGAUGUUGAAAAGAUGAUGAAAGAGAAAACUUUCGGGACGUCCGAUUUUCCUAUCCCUUAUUUGACUGCUACGAUUGAGGAGGAUAUGAAUACUCAUGGUGGUGGUUACCAGAAAUAGAUUUGCACUUGAUACAAUGGACAACUUGAUCAAUGUUCUAAUUUGGGAGCUUGAAAAGAAGCAGGUUGAGUUCAUUUUAGACAAUUUUCUGUAAUAAUGUGGGAGCCGAUUAUCUUCAUAAUCAAAUCUGUAUUCUAUGCUGUUUUGUGGUUAUACAUGCAUUGAUAAUUUUUAUCUGGUAAACCUUGUUUUUUUCUUGAACCAAAUCUCAGUCUAUGAAAAGUUAGUUGGGCUGCAAUGAUAAUGCAGUUGCUAGCCAAACAAUUUCACAAGAAAGAAGGGUGAAACCCCUAAAUCCUAA